AUGGAAACGCUUCACCGGUUUGCAGGGCAGGUACUUUCCGAUUUGGUUGACCGCAAUUAUUUUUACUUGUUUGAUAGGGAGUCUUUUUUAACUGCCAAAGCUCUUAAUGUGUGUAUACCAGGUGGACCCAAGUUUGAACCUUUGUAUAGGGGCAUGGAGAAAGGGGAUGAGGACUGGAAUGAGUUUAAUGACAUAAACAAACUCAUUAUCCGGUGGCCUCUCCGAACUGAGUACAGAGUCGCAUUCCCUCAUCUCUACAACAAUAGACCCAGGAAGGUAAAGCUUUCUGUUUAUCGUACUCCCAUGGUUAUGUACAUAAAAACUGAGGAUCCUGAUAUACCUGCGUUUUGUUAUGAUCCACUGAUACACCCAAUACUGAGCACUAACACAAAGAAAACUUAUGAUGAUGAUGAGGAGGAGGAAGAUGAUGGUUUUGUUUUGCCGAAAGGGUUGGAACCGUUUUUGAAUGAUACUCAGCUUUAUACUGACACCACAGCUGCAGGAAUUUCCUUGUUGUUUGCCCCACGCCCUUUUAACAUGAGAUCUGGUCGGACGAGACGGGCAGAAGAUAUAGCUCUUGUGUCUGAAUGGUAUAAAGAGCAUUGCCCUCCCUCGUAUCCAGUUAAAGUUCGGGUCAGCUAUCAGAAAUUGUUGAAAAGUUUUGUGUUGAAUGAGCUGCAUCAUAGACCACCCAAGGCUCAUAAGAAGACGCAGCUGUUUAGGUCUCUUAAAGCUACCAAAUUUUUCCAAACUACAGAACUUGAUUGGGUUGAAGCGGGUCUUCAAGUCUGUAAGCAGGGAUAUAACAUGCUAAAUCUAUUGAUCCAUAGGAAAAAUUUGAAUUACCUUCACCUUGAUUAUAAUUUUAAUCUGAAGCCUGUGAAAACCUUGACAACAAAAGAGCGUAAGAAAUCUCGGUUUGGUAAUGCUUUUCAUCUCUGUCGUGAAAUCUUGCGGUUGACAAAGCUUGUAGUUGAUGCCCACGUCCAGUUCCGUUUGGGUAAUGUUGAUGCCUUCCAAUUGGCUGACGGCCUGCAGUACAUAUUUUCCCAUGUUGGUCAGUUGACUGGCAUGUACCGUUACAAGUACAGGUUGAUGCGGCAGAUUAGAAUGUCCAAAGAUUUGAAGCACUUGAUUUACUACCGGUUCAAUACUGGGCCAGUAGGGAGAGGACCCGGAUGUGGCUUCUGGGCACCAAUGUGGAGGGUGUGGUUGUUCUUCCUUCGUGGCAUAGUACCUCUUCUGGAAAGGUGGUUGGGAAAUUUACUUGCCCGACAAUUUGAAGGGCGCCAUUCAAAAGGUGUGGCAAAGACUGUAACUAAGCAGCGUGUUGAAAGCCAUUUUGACUUGGAGCUUCGAGCUGCUGUCAUGCAUGAUGUUCUUGAUGCCAUGCCAGAGGGCAUCAAGCAAAAUAAGGCCAAGGCUAUAUUGCAGCAUCUCAGUGAGGCAUGGCGUUGUUGGAAGGCAAAUAUUCCUUGGAAGGUUCCUGGUUUGCCAGUUCCCGUAGAGAAUAUGAUUCUUCGUUAUGUCAAGUCAAAGGCCGAUUGGUGGACAAAUGUUGCUCAUUAUAAUCGUGAACGUAUAAGAAGAGGCGCUACAGUGGAUAAGACAGUUUGUCUGAAAAAUCUUGGGAGAUUGACUCGCCUUUGGCUAAAGGCAGAGCAGGAACGACAACACAAUUAUCUGAAAGAUGGUCCAUAUAUUACACCAGAAGAGGGAGUUGCAAUGUACACGACAACUGUGCAUUGGUUGGAGUCAAGAAAGUUCAUCCACAUUAAGUUCCCCCCUUUGUCAUACAAGCAUGAUACAAAGCUACUUAUCCUUGCUCUCGACAGGUUGAAGGAAUCUUACGCUGUGGCUGUAAGAUUGAACCAGCAUCAAAGAGAGGAACUGGGUCUCAUUGAACAAGCCUAUGAUAACCCACAUGAAGCGUUGUCACGAAUAAAGCGCCACUUGCUCAGUCAGCGUUCCUUCAAAGAAGUUGGCAUACAGUUUAUGGAUUUGUACAGCUAUCUCAUUCCAGUUUAUGAGAUUGAUCCUCUUGAGAAGAUUACAGAUGCAUAUCUUGAUCAAUAUUUAUGGUAUGAGGCUGACAAAAGGCAUCUCUUCCCAAACUGGAUCAAGCCUGCAGAUUCAAAGCCACCCCCACUCUUGGUUUAUAAAUGGUGUCAGGGAAUAAACAAUUUACAGAGUAUAUGGGACACAAGUGAGGGGCAGUGUGUGGUGAUGCUUCAGACUAAGUUUGAGAAGUUCUUCGAAAAGAUUGACUUGACGAUGCUAAAUCGGCUUCUAGGUCUGAUUCUUGACAGGUAUCUUGCUGAUUAUAUCACUGCGAAAAACAAUGUGUUAUUGUGUUACAAAGAUAUGAAUCAUACAAAUUCUUAUGGUCUUAUACGUGGUCUUCAGUUUGCAUCAUUUGUGGUGCAAUAUUAUGGGCUUGUUGUGGAUCUGUUACUUCUUGGAUUGACUCGUGCCAGUGAGAUUGCGGGUCCACAGCAGAUGCCAAAUGAGUUCACUACUUAUCAGAACACAAAGGUUGAGACUCGGCAUCCUAUCAGGCUGUACUCUCGAUAUAUAGACAGGGUGAAUAUGCUGUUCUGCUUCACUCACGAGGAGGCUAGAGACCUUAUCCAGAGAUAUCUGACUGAGCAUCCAGAUCCCAAUAAUGAAAAUAUGGUUGGAUAUAAUAAUAAGAAGUGCUGGCCAAGAGAUGCCAGAAUGAGGCUCAUGAAACAUGAUGUAAAUCUUGGGAGGAGCGUUUUCUGGGAUAUGAAGAACCGUCUUCCUCGAAGCGUCACAACUUUGGAGUGGGAAAACAGCUUUGUUUCUGUUUACAGCAAAGAUAAUCCAAAUUUGCUCUUCAGCUUGUGCGGGUUUGAAAUUAGGAUACUUCCCAAGAUAAGAAUGAGUCAGGAAGCAUUUAGCAGCACGAGAGAUGGAGUUUGGAAUUUGCAGAAUGAGCAGACAAAGGAGAGGACUGCAGUUGCUUUCUUACGAGUUGAUGAUGAACAGAUGAAGGUGUUUGAGAAUCGUGUGAGGCAGAUCCUUAUGUCCUCAGGGUCCACAACAUUCACAAAAGUAGUCAACAAAUGGAAUACAGCCCUUAUUGGUCUUAUGACUUACUUCCGUGAAGCAACUGUGCAUACACAAGAGCUGUUGGAUUUGCUGGUGAAAUGUGAAAAUAAAAUUCAGACUCGUAUUAAGAUUGGAUUGAAUUCGAAGAUGCCGAGCAGGUUUCCACCUGUCAUCUUUUACACGCCAAAAGAAAUUGGAGGUCUUGGCAUGUUAUCUAUGGGUCACAUACUGAUUCCACAAAGUGACCUCAGAUACAGUCAGCAGACAGAUUUUGGUGUGACGCACUUUAGGAGUGGAAUGAGUCAUGAAGAGGACCAGCUGAUUCCAAAUCUUUACCGUUACAUACAGCCAUGGGAGAGUGAAUUUAUAGAUUCACAGCGUGUUUGGGCAGAAUAUGCAAUGAAAAGGCAGGAAGCUCAGGCACAAAAUCGGCGUCUAACCCUUGAAGAUUUGGAAGAUUCAUGGGAUAGGGGAGUACCUCGCAUAAAUACUUUGUUCCAGAAGGACCGUCACACCUUAGCUUACGACAAAGGGUGGAGAGUUCGCACAGAGUUUAAGCAGUACCAGGUCUUGAAGCAGAAUCCUUUCUGGUGGACACACCAGAGGCAUGAUGGAAAAUUGUGGAACUUGAACAACUAUAGAACCGAUGUUAUCCAAGCUCUUGGAGGUGUUGAGGGAAUACUUGAGCACACCUUAUUCAAAGGAACAUACUUCCCUACUUGGGAGGGUCUUUUUUGGGAGAAGGCAUCUGGCUUUGAGGAAUCUAUGAAGUUUAAGAAGUUAACCAAUGCACAAAGAUCUGGGCUCAACCAAAUCCCCAAUCGUAGGUUUACCCUUUGGUGGUCGCCAACCAUAAAUCGGGCCAAUGUAUAUGUGGGUUUCCAAGUGCAGCUAGAUCUGACAGGAAUUUUUAUGCAUGGGAAGAUCCCAACCUUGAAGAUAUCAUUGAUUCAGAUAUUUCGAGCCCACUUGUGGCAGAAGAUUCAUGAAAGUGUUGUCAUGGAUCUCUGUCAGGUUUUGGAUCAGGAGCUGGAUGCUUUGGAAAUUGAAACUGUGCAGAAGGAAACUAUACAUCCGAGGAAGAGUUACAAAAUGAACAGCUCCUGUGCUGACAUUCUUCUCUUUGCUGCCCAUAGAUGGGCAAUGUCAAAACCUAGUCUUGUGGCUGAAACAAAGGAUGUGUUCGAUCAGAAAGCAAGCAAUAAGUACUGGAUAGAUGUACAACUCCGUUGGGGAGACUAUGAUUCUCAUGACAUUGAACGUUACACUCGAGCCAAGUUUAUGGAUUACACAACUGACAACAUGUCUAUUUAUCCUUCUCCCACAGGGGUGGUGAUUGGUAUUGAUUUAGCUUAUAACUUACAUUCUGCGUUCGGUAACUGGUUUGCUGGGUCAAAACCACUACUUCAACAGGCAAUGAACAAGAUCAUGAAGUCAAAUCCAGCUUUGUAUGUCUUGAGGGAGCGGAUAAGGAAAGGAUUGCAGUUGUAUUCAUCUGAGCCUACAGAACCUUAUUUGUCUUCCCAAAACUAUGGGGAGAUCUUCAGCAAUCAACGUAUUUGGUUUGUUGAUGACACUAAUGUGUAUCGUGUUACAAUCCAUAAAACAUAUGAAGGAAAUGUGACUACGAAACCCAUCAAUGGUGCUAUUUUCAUAUUCAAUCCAAGGACUGGGCAGCUAUUCUUGAAGGUCAUUCACACAAGUGUGUGGGCGGGGCAGAAGCGACUUGGUCAGUUGGCUAAGUGGAAAACCGCAGAAGAAGUUGCUGCGCUUGUGCGUUCUCUACCCGUUGAAGAACAGCCAAAGCAAAUUAUUGUCACUCGUAAGGGAAUGCUGGACCCAUUGGAGGUUCACUUGCUGGAUUUCCCCAACAUAGUCAUAAAAGGAAGUGAACUGCAACUUCCUUUCCAGGCUUGCUUGAAGAAUGUGAAAUUUAAUGAUCCGGUAGUAAAGGCCACUGAGCCGCAGAUGGUUCUUUUCAACAUUUAUGAUGAUUGGUUGAAGAGUAUUUUAUCAUACACUGCAUUCUCCCGGCUCAUUCUGAUCCUUCGCGCACUACAUGUGAACAGUGUUAAGGCCAAUAUGUUGUUGAAGCCUGACAGAACGGUAAUCACUGAGCCACACCACAUCUGGCCUUCUCUUUCUGAUGAUCAAUGGAUGAAGGUCGAGGUUGCUUUAAGAGAUGUCAUACUAUCAGAUUAUGCAACAAAGAACAAUGUGAAUACAUCGGCCCUGACACAGUCUGAGAUUCGUGAUAUCAUACUUGGAGCUGAGAUUACCCCACCUUCUCAACAGAGGCAACAGAUUGCAGAAAUUGAGAAACAGGCUAAAGAAGCAAGUCAGCUGACAGCAGUCACGACAAGGACUACAAAUGUGCAUGGUGAUGAACUUAUUGUCACCACUACGAGUCCUUUUGAGCAAAAAGCAUCUGGGUCCAAAACUGAUUGGCGUGAGAGAGCAAAGUCUGCUGCAAAUCUAUUCUUGCGAGUCAAUCAUUUAUACGUGAAUUCGGAAGAGAUAAAGGAAACGGGUUACACUUAUAUUAUUCCGAAGAACAUCUUGAAAAAGUUUAUUGGCAUUGCAGAUCUGAGGACGCAAAUUGCUGGUUACUUAUACGGUGUAAGCCCUCCUGACAACCCUCAGGUCAAGGAAGUUCGCUGCAUUGUCAUGCCACCUCAGAAGGGAACCAGCCAGCAGGUUUAUCUCUCAUCAGUUCUUCCUAAGAAUGAUUUCCUCAAUGAUUUGGAGCCUUUGGGAUGGAUGCACACGCAGCCAAAUGAGCAUCCUCAGCUUUCUCAUCAUGAUGUCAUAUCUCAUGCGAAGAUGUUAGACAGCAACACGCAAUGGAAUUUGGAGAAGUGCAUCAUUUUAACGUGCAGUUUCACUCCAGGUUCCUGCUCGUUAACUGCAUAUAAACUCACUCCACCUGGUUAUAAAUGGGGAUGUCAAGUCAAUAAACAAGGCAGCGAAGGCGAUGUAACUCCACAGGGAUACCUUCCAACUCAUUAUGAGAAGGUUCAGAUGCUUCUCAGCGACAGAUUUCUUGGUUUCUUCAUGAUACCAGAUAUUGGUUCAUGGAACUACAAUUUCAUGGGGAUGAAGCUUACGUCUGGUAUGAAGUAUGACAUCAAGCUUGGGAUACCCAAGGAGUAUUAUGACCAGGACCACCGGCCCACCCAUUUCCUGCAGUUCAGCAACUUGGAGGAGGGUGACAGAGAAGUCGUUCGGGACGAUAACUUCGCAUAA